UGGUGCUGAGCUACAGGGAGGAGAGCAGUGACUGGCAAGGCCAGAAAGGGUGCUAGGUAAGUUCUGUUUGUGGAUCAGAGUGGUGAUAACUUUCACUUUGUGAAAAGGCAUUCCUCUGUCCACUUAGGAUUUGUGCAUUUUUCCGUAUGUAUGAUAUACGUCAAUUUGAAGUUCACAUUUAGAGGGAGGGAUUUAGAAGAACUGAUAGGACAUGGUGACUGAUAGAGGUGGAUGGAGAAGAAUAGAAGGGAUCUAGUGUGACUCAGGUUUUGGCCUGAGCAACUGGGUAAAUGGGCGUUACCCUUUACUGAGAUAGGAAAGAGCAGAGGAGGAGUCAGCGGGGCCCGAGGGAAGUGGGGGAGGGAAUCAAGUUCAGCUUUAGACACGCUACAGUGGAGGUGCCUAUCAGGCAUUUGAGUGAAGAUGUCAAGGAACCACCUAGAGAUUCAAGUUUAGAGCCCCAGGGAGCAGAGCUGCAGAUGCAGAUUUGGAAGUGUUUGCUGUGUAAAUAGAAUGCCAGGUGUGAGCCUGGAUGAGAUCUCACAGAGCAGGAACUGGAGAGAAAAGAGAAGUCCGGAGGAUGGAGUGGAGGAGGGGGACUCUAACAGCUGGCCUGGUGAAAGACAAGAGGCACAAAGGAGACCUAGAAGGAGCAGCCAGAGAGCUAGGAGGAAAACUGGGAGAGCAUAGUGUCCAAAGGCCAAGCGGUUUCAAAGACACGGGAGUGAUCAACCGUAUCUAAUGCUGCCAAUAGGUCAGGGUGAGAUGUGAGAAUUGAUUACUGGAUUUAACAACGUGGAGGUUACUAGGGAACUUGCCAAGGGCAUUUUUGUGGAAGGGUGAUACCUGAAGUGUGGACCACUAUUUGUGGUACCACAGAUGGGAGGUGAGGACGGGAAGGCAUGAAAGACAGCUCUUCCAAGAGUUUGCUGUGUGAGUGAGCAGAAAAACGGGGCAGGAGGUGGAGGACACAGUGUGGGUGGGGAUUUUUAGGUAGGAGUUAGUACAGCAUAUGUGUGGAGGGGGAACAAUGGAUAGGACAAGGUCGUCUUAUCCAUUGACCUUGGGGCCAAGUCAUUGAAUAGGUGGGAAGGGGGCGAGAUUGCAUAUGCUUGGGGCUUCACCUGUCUAGUUAUAGGAAAGACAAGAUUUAAGCGAUCAGGGAAAGGUAGCCAUGCAGAUAAGGUGUUGCCUGAGAAGGCUGAUAAAGGCUAUACAACCCCUUCUCUUCCUCCUUCCUUAGCCAGGCUCCAGCAGGUAGAUUCAAAGGUUUCUUGUAGGAUAGAAGUUCCUGCCUCAGCAGGGGCAAGGAGGCCUUGGGGCUGGGCUGGGCUGGGUGUGGCACUCUCCCUGCCAGCUUCUACAGCCUGGGGCAGGAACAAAAACCUGUGGGUGCCUCAGACCACAGCAGAGCUCACAGAACCCGCGGGAUUCAGGCUCCAGCAUGGUAGAGUUCGCGCCCUUGUUUGUGCCAUGGGAGCGCAGGCUGCAGACACUUGCUGUCCUACAGUUCGUCUUCUCAUUCUUGGCUCUGGCCGAGAUCUGCAUUGUGGGCUUCAUAGCCCUCCUGUUUACAAGAUUCUGGCUCCUCACUGUCCUAUAUGCGGCCUGGUGGUACCUGGACCGAGACAAGCCGCGGCAGGGGGGCCGGCGUGUCCAGGCCAUCAGGUGCUGGACCAUAUGGAAGUACAUGAAGGACUAUUUCCCCAUCUCGCUGGUCAAGACUGCUGAGCUGGACCCCUCUCGGAACUACAUUGCGGGCUUCCACCCCCAUGGAGUCCUGGCAGCUGGAGCCUUUGCCAACCUGUGCACUGAGAGCACAGGCUUCUCUUCGAUCUUCCCCGGUAUCCGCCCCCAUCUGAUGAUGCUGACCUUGUGGUUCCGGGCCCCCUUCUUCAGAGAUUACAUCAUGUCCGCAGGGUUGGUCACAUCAGAAAAGGAGAGCGCUGCUCACAUUCUGAACAGGAAGGGUGGCGGAAACUUGCUGGGCAUCAUUGUAGGGGGUGCCCAGGAGGCCCUGGAUGCCAGGCCUGGAUCCUUCACGCUGUUACUGCGGAACCGAAAGGGCUUCAUCAGGCUUGCCCUGACACACGGGGCACCCCUGGUGCCGAUCUUCUCCUUCGGGGAGAAUGACCUAUUUGACCAGAUUCCCAACUCUUCUGGCUCCUGGUUGCGCUGUAUCCAGAAUCGGUUGCAGAAGAUCAUGGGCAUCUCCCUCCCACUCUUUCAUGGCCGUGGUGUCUUCCAGUACAGCUUUGGUUUAAUACCCUACCGCCGGCCCAUCACCACUGUGGAACCAUCGCCAGAAGAGAGGACAGAGGAGCUGCCUUCCCAGCCAGGCAGAACCAGAGAAAGAGAUGAUGGGGAAGCCCAUCGAGGUACAGAAGACGCUGCAUCCCUCGGAGGAGGAGGUGAACCAGCUGCACCAGCGCUAUAUCAAAGAGCUGUGCAACCUCUUCGAGGCCCACAAACUUAAGUUCAACAUUCCUGCUGACCAACACUUGGAGUUCUGCUGAGCCCAAAGGGCAGGGCCAACAUUAGGGAGACCAGCAGGAGGUGCUGUGCUCUGAGAAGACUUCCUGGAGGUGUUUGUUGAACAUACCUGCAGAGCCUUCCGAGACUCCUGCAAAUCUAACCCAUGUCAGGCUGUAAGUCAGGGCGGGCAACGCAGAAGAGGAGACCAGAUUCUGGCACUGCAAUCUGCACUUCUGCUACAAGACCUCUGCAAGCCUCCUGCUCCUUGGCUUCUGUCUGCUCAGUGAAAUGGGAGAAAGGGCUGGAGGAGAAUGUUUUCUGAGGUCUCUGAUCUCUGUUGUAAUGUCACUCAAACAUUAUAAAAGGAAAUGCAGGGGAACAAAGAGAACAGCAAGGUUUUUAUUCCUCUGACCUUGAGUGACAGCACAAAAGAGGCCACCAGCUCCAGUCCCUUCUCCUACAAGACCUGUCAUCUUGCACCCUGGAUGUCCCAGGUCCUCCCUCUCCAUGCUGGAGAGGAGGGGUGGCCAGCAAACCCCUGCCCUCACCCUAGGUAGCUUCAAGUUUCUGGGUUCUCUGGGUGAUGGAGUGGCUGCCAGAGGCACACGGAAGGUGGGUAGGGAGGACUGUGCUCUGUUAUCAACUGGCUGUAUGACUGUGGGCAGGACUCUUUUCUCUCCUUCUGAGCCUCAGUUUUCCCACUGACUCUGAGUCUCAGCUCUGACAUUACAUAGGCUGAGAGCUCCAUAAGGCGCCUCUUAUUCGCCCUUUGUAACUUAAGCCCCUGACCUUGGCAUAAAAAAGGGGGCUCCAUAAAUGUCAGUUCAAUAAA